AGGAACAGCAAAUUCACUAGCCGUCAAGAUCUCAUUGAGUCAGUAAAGAAGCUUGCCCACCCCAGUAAUCACAACCGGAUUGCACUUCAUGGACUAGGCGGUUCUGG